AUGGCGUACAGUCAAGACGAACUUGAAGCUCCGACCUGGUUGAAUGAUGAGUUCUUCUGCAAUGUGAUGCGUGAAUCGAAUAACGAUCCAACGAUCGAGCUCACGAGUGCGUGUGUUUUACGGCCGGGUACGAAUAAAGGCGAUCAUUUCGCAAGUGUCAUGUUCCGGACAACUGUGAAGUAUCGAUCCAAGCGUACGAAGGAGGAAAAAUCUGUCAAGAUCAUUAUGAAAACGAAACCGGAAGCAGAGGGUCUUAAGAAGGAGCUGCUUGACGAUGAUGGAUUGUUUGCGAUCGAAGUCGAUAUGUACAGCAAAACUCUACCAGAAAUGGCACGAAUGUUGAAGGAAAUUGGAGAGGAGUACAAGUACCCACGAUAUUUUUAUGGAACGCUGCAACCUCGACCUAUUAUUAUUUUGGAGGAUAUCAGUGACCAGGGAUGGGUGAUGGGAGAAGUAAUCGGCACUCUGGACGAAAUGAAACCUCUAGUAAAAAUUCUAGCAAUGUUCCAUGCUGCCUCCAUGAUGAUAGAAAGCUCAGAUUCUACAUUCGCUGCCAGGUACCGACAUUCGAUGGCCAAUAAAUUCAUUGGUCUUGAGGGUCUGAUCAAGAAAGGCUUUGGGGACUUGAUGCAGCUAACGACGUCGUACCCGGAGUUCGCCCAUUUUGCAAAACCGUUGGUGAAAUAUCAGGAAAACUUACCAACAUUUUUUGAUUCGCUGUUUAAAUCAUCCAAAACGUACCCAAACGUGCUGAUACACGGCGAUUGUCAUGUUAAGAAUAUUUUGCACAAAAUUGAUUCUGCAGGACGAAUUUCUGAUACGAUACUGCUGGACUAUCAGAUCUGUUGCUGGACAUCACCUGCCAUCGAUCUGUACUAUCUGCUGAGCCUAGUACCGGCACAAGAGGUUAAGGACAACCAUCGAUCGGAGCUGAUAUAUUCAUACUACCAACAGUACAGUGAUCUAUUGAAGCGGCUAGGCUUCAAAGGAAAGAUACCAUCCUUGUUAGACUUGCAGCUAGAGCUUUUGCGAUAUGCUGGACUUGAAUUGUUCCACUAUGCUGUCUUCAUGUCAUUCCGCUAUACGGAUAUUGUUCUGAUCGAUCUCGAGGCACUGCUGAAAGGGGAGAUCCAGAAUUCGGUCACGGAAAAUCCAGAAUAUCGGAAGCUUAUGUACCGAGAACUAACGCGAUUCCUUCACCAAGGAACUUUAUGA